AUGGAGACCGAAGAUCAUCCCUCCAAGCGUCGUCGACGCAGCCGCAAAGUCCUUUCGGAUCGCAAGUUCGAAUGCACCUUCGAGGGCUGCGGGAAGAGCUACUCGCGCGCCGAACACCUCAGUCGCCAUGCGCUCAACCACGCCCCGAAACAAAUCUACCGCUGCGACUUUCCCAACUGCUACCGCUCCUUCGUGCGACAGGACCUCUGUAUUCGCCAUCGGGAACGACAUACUACCAGUGGCUCCCAGCUGCAGAAGCGCGACCACUACGUCGAUAAUGAUCCGACCAAGACCUCGCCCGCGUCCUCGCCUGCGAUCACCGCCCCGGAUUACUUUGUGGACUCGGAGACGCCCAAGCCGCCGGCGACGACCUAUCCCAUCACAACGGGGAUAGAGACGACCGAAAUCCCCGUCUCGCAGUACUCGGAUUUCCCCGCGGUGCUGGACCAGCCCGAUAACCUCAUCGACCUCGAUUCCAUGUCCUAUCCCAUCUUUGGAGGCGAGACGUAUAAUCGGUCCCCGUUUGCCAUGGCCGAUGACUUUGCCGCGUGGUUGUUCAGCGAGCCCCUCGCGCCGCUGGGGUAUGGCAUGGUGCCCAUGGUCCAGAAUCAGUUCUAUAUGAAUGAGCCCUCGUACAAUAAUUUCUGCACCGUCAUCCCGCAACAUCCGAUGAGCGUGACCAGUAUUCUGGACUCGGGGGCGCCGCCGUCCAUCAUCUCGGAAGAGAAGCGGCAGGAACUGCUGCAGUUGAUGUCCACGCGAUUCAACGAGGCGGCGUAUGCCCCCGGCGCCAAGCGGAAGGAUGCGCUGAUGGAAGGGGAUUUGAAUAAUGACCGACAUGUCCUCAGUCUGCGCAUGAUGCAGACGUACGUGGGUUCGUACUGGUAUCAUUUUCAUGCACAGUUGCCCAUCUUGCAUCAGCCCACUUUUGCUGCUGAUCGCACCCCUGCGCUUUUACUCUUGGCGAUCAUGGCCAUAGGCGCGGCGACUUUGGAUAAGAUUCACGGCGAGGCGGCUACCGAAGCGGCGGCUGAGCUGGCUAGCUUUAUUGCGUGGCAUUUGCGCUGGGAGAUCUUUAUGGAUGCCGACUUCCGGCCACCGGCGAGACUGUGGGUGUUCCAGUCGCUUUUGCUCUUGGAGGUGUAUGAGAAGCUGUUCUCUACUCGUGCGUUACACGAGCGCGCUCACAUUCACCACGACACGACCCUUACCCUCAUGCGACGGGGGAGUUCGUUAAUUGGCAGUUCUUCCUUUGAUACCCCGGAAACCAAGGAAGAAGACGAGUCCUGGUCGACUUGGAUCAAGGCCGAGGCGACCCGCCGUGUGGCCUUUGCCGCCUUUGUACUUGAUUCUACACACGCAACCAUGUUUGGACAUUCGGCCAAAAUGGUCGCCCAUGAACUACGACUACCACUGCCCUGCGACGAAGCGCUGUGGGCGGCCACCAGUGCCGCCGAGGUCGCUCGGGUCCAGUCCAGCCUGCAGUCUCACGGCGUCCGACCGAUCAUGUUCCUGGACGGACUGAAACGCACGCUCAACGGCCAACCCGUUCGCACCAACGCCUUCGGCCGCAUCAUCCUCAUGGCAGGCCUACUGAGCGUCUGCUGGCACCUCAAUCAGCGCGACCUCCAAAUCAGCUCGCUCGGCGUCGGCCAGACGCUCGGCGGCCGCGAUAAAUGGCGCUCGUCCCUCCUCCGCGCCUUCGACAACUGGCGCCGCGACGUCGACGACGCCCUCGGUCCAUCCACGACCUCCGAAUCGCGCGACGUGCUCCACGGCCUCGCCCACAUGGCCUCCCACGUCGACAUCGUCGACCUGCAGAUCUUCGCCGGCGCAGGUCGCCUCAUGGGCCGCUCCAUCACCGCCCGCGACUAUCUCAGCGCAAAGGAGAAAACCAGUCGCUGGGCCACCAAGGCCUCCGCCCGCGAUGCCACCUUCUACGCCCUCAAAUUCCUCUCCACCUGCUUCCUCGACCCGGCUACCCACCCGGGCGAAUACGCCGCCCGCGACGACUACCUUCUCAAUCGUCCGUGGGUGAUGUAUUUCGCCGCUCUGGUCGUCUGGACGUACGGCUUCGCCCUGGACGGUCCCCUGCGUCCGGCUCCCGUGCUCGCCACCCUGGCCGACCGACAGCAGGAUAUGCAGGUCUUUCUCCAUCGCAUGAGCCAGACCCGUGAACCGAAUGAAUUGGAGGCCUUGACGGGUCGUAAUGGGUGUCUCGGUCUACUCAUGAUUCUCCGUGACUCUUUCGCCAAACCGCGCUGGGAGUUAUUAGGCGAAGCGGCGCGGCUGCUGGACAGCUGUAUCGCCAAGCUGCAGUCGUAG